CGGCUGUGCACUACAGAGUGAGGCUUGAGCUGAGAGAGCUGCCUGUCAGGUUCCGUCCAUCUGCCUGAACACUCUCUGCUGAGAAAGGGCUUGUCUUUUUUUUUAACAAAGGGGCUGCCUAUCCCAGUGUAAGUGCCUUCUCUGCUAAGGUGUCCCCUUGAAGCUGUCACCCUGAAGUUUCUGGCAGUUCUAUUGGUGGCAGGAAUGCUUGCAUUCCUGGGUGCCAUCAUAUGCAUUAUAGCAAGUGUCCAUCCAGCAGCCAAGGGACCUGUCCUUAGUGCUGACAAUGAAUCUGCUCCUACAGUUCCAAUGGAGAAGAGCUUGGGAGCUCUCCAUGGUGUUAAAACCCUGUAUGGCUCCAAAGAUUCCUUGCUGGAGCUAUCAGGUUCAAAGAGCCAGGCCCCUCUGAGCUUCAGCAGGCUCCUGUGCACCCCCCUGGAGAUGGAGUGCCCGUCUGAUGUACAGAGAGAUGUACAGAGAGAUGCCCCGCAGCCACCAGGAGAAGAGGUGCUCUCUUUGCAGAACACAGCAGAGCAGCUGAGACAGACUGUGUUACAGCAGAAAAAGCAGAUCCUCACUGACCAAGAGGCCAUAAGGGAGUUGACCAGUAAGCUCAGUGGCUGUGAGAAUGGCUUGGGCAAGACUUAUCGGGAGGGAGCAGAUGCCUGGGGACCCAAGAAAGGAGCUAUGGGAGAUCUGCCCCUCGACUCCCCCCAGGCGGUGCUGGAGUUGGAAGGGGCAGUCAGGACACUGAAAGAUCGCAUUGAGAAAAUUGAGACAGAGAUUCAACAGCGAGUGAAUAAUGCAUCCUCUCCAACUUCGGCAUCACCAUCUCCUUUUCAUGGACGGGAUUCCCUGCAAUUCAAGAUGCUAGAGCUGGAAGCCCAACUUCUGGCCAAGCUUCAGGAGCUAGAGAAGGAACAAAGCACAGCCUCUGGGGAGCGAGACAAACAGGAUAUAGAGAAAGAACUAAGCAUUUUACAGAAUCGCAUUGGAGAACUAGAACAUGGUGAGGGAAACCCAGGGUACAACCCUGAAAAUUUCAAGCUCAGCUUUUCAGUCCGCACCAACUACAUGUAUGGUCGGGUGAAGAAGACUCUUCCAGAGCUUUAUGCAUUCACCAUAUGCAUGUGGUUGAAAUCCAAGGCAUCGGCAGGAUCAGGGACACCCUUCUCUUACUCAGUACCGGGUCAGCCUAAUGAAAUAGUGUUGUUAGAAUGGGGACACAACCCUAUGGAGCUUCUUAUCAAUGACAAGGUCACCCAGUUGCCUUUGAGCCUAAAAGAUGGUAUGUGGCAUCAUAUCUGCGUAGCCUGGACCACAAGGGAUGGCAUGUGGACAGCUUUCCAGGAUGGGAAGAAGAAAGGCUCCAAUGAAAACCUCUCUGCUUGGCAUCCCAUCAAACCCAAUGGGGUCAUUAUUUUAGGACAAGAACAGGACACAUUAGGUGGUCGUUUUGAUGCAACACAGGCAUUCGUGGGUGAAGUGGCACAGUUCAACAUGUGGGAUCGAGUUCUGACCCAGACAGAUAUAGAGGGCAUCGCCAACUGUACAGCACCUCUUGACGGCAAUCUAGUCCACUGGGAUGACAGGCAAGUGGAUGUUUUCGGAGGAGCCACAAAGGGGAAAUUUGAAAGCUGCGAGGAGCGUCUGGGCCACUGAAUCACCUGAGCAUUCAAGCUUUCCUCCUGCACCCCACCUUCUCUUUAGUGUCACCAUUUCAGGAUAGUGCAACUACCCACACUCUGGGUGUUAAUUUGAGUUACCAGCAACACUUUCAAAAUGAGUAAUGUUUGUGGUUAGUGAAUGGGUUUAGGAUGAAAUCUUUUACAGGUAAUCUUAAAGCAGACAUCUUAAUUAUGGCAUCUUUUUCCUCUUACCUAACCACAGGAUGUUGAUUCUUAUUAGAUAAUCAUAAAUGAGUUGCAUUAUAUUAGGCUCAGAGUCCUGCAGUAACAGCAACUCUUCAGUAAUAGCACAAGGCACAAUGUCAGCACAAGAAUUUCCUGCUGUUCACCUUACUGCCAACACAUUAGGAGGCUUAAUGUCUUAUCAGAAACACUUUCUAGCUUUUAUCGAAACAAACCCCUCUUCCUGCUGGCCCAUAAGAUAUUGAUGUAGGCUACAAAUUGCUAACAGUCUGCCCAAAUAAUAAUGGGAGUAGAAAAUAAUGCUGAAAGGGGAAAGGCUAGAACACUGGAUCCUCAUAAAUUUUAUGAUAGAAUAAAUAUUUUUGUGUUCUCUUGUGCCACAAAUAUUUUAUACCAAUAGAAGCAAUUUUAGAGAUAACAUUAUAAAUUCAGGUACAGUACAUACAGGGGAUGGUUUUAUUUUCUAUUUACCCUUAAAGUCUGGCCAAAGCACAACUUUAGAUUAUUUAUAUUUCAUACACGAUAUUAUAUUUGAAGAACAAUUGCCUUACAAACUUACUAUACCGUAAAGUAUUUGACCAAGAGCAUAUAUAUAUAUAUAUAUAUAUAUAUAUAUAUAUAUAUAUAUAUAUAUAUAUUCUUUAUUUUCUAUUUUUUACUUUAUUUUUAUUUAUUACAUUUCUGUUUUUCAUCUUGAAAAAAUCAAAGAAAGCUUAGUAAGAAAAAUAAAAAAAAAGACUCUAUAUAUUCUAUACUUUUAACCAUUUUUUCCCAUUUGAGGGUAAAUAGUCUUCACUUAGUAUAAGAAUUUUAUUUAUAUAUUUUUAUUUUUAAAUUAGCGUGACUGACACUUUUUAAUGUAAUAUAAUUAUAGGAAAAAUUGUAGUUUAUGGGUAAAGUCCUUCAACUGAAUAGUCAAUUUCUAAGAUAGCUGCUUUAAGACAAACUUAUUGGAGAAUAAAGAACAUUAAUAUAUAAGAUCCUAAGAACAUUAAUAUUUAAGAGAUCCUCCCUUUUCCAUACAUAAGCUUCAUGGGGCUGCAAUCAUGUAAUCUGUAUGGUUCUACUUUGUGAUAUCACAAUAUUGACUCACUGUGACAUAAGACAUCACUGCCAUUUUCUCUUUCAGAGUUCUUCCAUAUUUCUAAACGACUUCACUUCUUAUAUAUAUGUAUUGUGUUAACUUUGAAGGUUUCUCUUAAAGGUUCAUCAGGACCACAAGAAUAUAUUCAUUCUUGCUUUUUCAUAUUCUCUCAUUCCUUCCUCCCAUCCCCCUACCCACCUUCCUCCCAUUUCCAUGUCUUUACAUUGUCCAUAUUCUCCCACCUUGCUUGAUCUUUUGGAACAUUUGUGAAUUGAAUUGUGUCUAUUUUGUAUAUUAUCAGUGCUGGAAAUAAAGACGGAAUUGUGUUUGUUUA